AUGUUCCUUCUGGCUCGCAGAUACGACAUCCCGUUCGCCUGCCUAUACCUGUUGGACGACAGCAUCGGUGGAACCGCCCGCCUCGCCAACAUGGUCGGCUACGCCCAGGAUUCCCACAUCUUCCCGACCACAGUGGUCGUCCCGCCGGUGGACAAUGGCGGCAGUGACAGCAGCGAUGGGAGCGACGGCGAUGAGAACGAGCCGAGCGACCAGACCGACGAUAGUCAUUACGAGCGCGAGCCGCCCGCACCUAUGGAUCCUCUUCAUUAUCAUCAGCAGCAGCGUACGCUCGAGCUAGAAUUCGCCCGGCUCUUUCGAGAGGUGCUCCAGACCCGCGAGUCGCGGCAGUUGGACCUUACACCGUUUGAGGAAGUGCAGCCCUGCGGUGGAUGGAACGAACGGCCACGAGCGUGUGUGCUGUUGCCGCUUACCUCCAAGACGGGAACGAAGACCCCGGCGGCGGUCUUGGUUGCCGGCGUCAACCCACGCCACGCGCUUGACAACACCUACAACAUCUUCUUCAACCUGGUGGCGUCCCAGGUCGGUGCGCUCAUCGCCAACGCCUCCUCCAAGGAGGAGGAACACCAGUUGGUCCAGACUCUGGCGGACCUGGACCGGGCGAAGACGCUCUUCUUCUCCAACAUCUCGCACGAGUUCCGCACGCCGCUCACCCUCAUGCUCGGCCCGCUCGAGGAUCUGCUGGCCAAAGGGGAGGUGCCGGAGAAGGAGCUCUUGCUCGAGCAGCUGUCGUUGGUGCACCGCAACUCGCUCCGGCUCCUGAAGCUGGUCAACAGCCUGCUCGACUUCUCCAAGAUCGAAGCUGGGCGCAUGCAGGCCUCGUUCCGACCGCUGGACCUGACCCAGCUCACCCAGGACCUCGCCUCCACCUUCCGCUCUGCGGCCGAACGGGUUGGGCUGAAGCUGGUGAUCGACUGCCAACCGCUCAACCAGUACGUUUUUGUGGACACGGAGAUGUGGGAGAAGAUCGUGCUCAACCUCCUGUCCAACGCGCUCAAGUUCACCAUCAAGGGCCGCAUCGAGGUCCGCCUCGUCCCCGUCUCAGAUACGCACGUGGAGCUGGUGGUGCAGGACACCGGCGUGGGCAUUCCGUCGGAGGAGCUGGGCAACCUCGGCAAGCGAUUCCACCGCAUCCAGUGCACGGGCGGCCGCACUCACGAGGGCACCGGCAUAGGCCUGGCCCUCGUCUACGAGCUCGUGCGCAUCCACGGCGGCACUGUGACCGUGGAGAGCCAACUCGACGUCGGCAGCACAUUCCGCGUUCGCAUACCACUGGGAUCCGCGCACUUACCACGGGCGCAGGUGUCGAUCGCGCCCUUCUCGCCGUCGCGCGUCGGCGCCAAGAAGCGCUACUCGGCCAACCCCUCGUGGUGGCUGCCCUGCAUCGAGGCUCUCUCCUCCUCCUCGUCGGCGUCGCCCACGCCCUCCUCCUCGCUCUCCUCGUCCUCUUCCUACUCCGAGAACUCCCCGCGGUUCCACCCCUCGCCGGCCCCGGCGACCUCCGCCCAACCACCAUCGUCGUUGACAUCGUCGACAUCAUCGUCAGCAUUCCAUUCAUUCCACCCGCCGCCCACGCUGGCCUCGAUGGUGCUGCCCGCCUCAUCGCGCAGCCGUCGGUCGUCGAUUCACUGCAUUCUGGAGAACGCGGCCUCCAAGGCCUCUACGCUCUUCAUGCCGCCGUCGCCCCUGGGCGCCGCCUCGCCCUCCUACGGCGACUUCGCGGCACGCGCGGUCGGCAGCCGCGCGAGCCUGGGCAGCUGCGGCAGCGGCGCGCGACGGUCGUCCUAUCCGGCCAACCACCCCUACCACUUCGCCGGCGGCGGCGGCGGCGGCAGCCAGCACUCGACGCCCCGCGCGUCGCUGGCGCACAACGCACCGCCGCUCAGUAACCAGCGCCGCUCGUCGCUGCCGCAGUACUCGGUGCCGGUCAACUCGCCGUUCGUGUCCUACGGGCUCGAGCGCGUGUCGUCGGAGGUGCCGUCGGGCUACGCCAACACCCGACGCGAGUCGCUCGCGUGCCUGCCCUCGCCCAACACCUCCUCGCCCUCGCCCUCGCUCACGCCCUACUCCUCCGGCUCCUGGGAAGUCCCACUCGAGGCCAGCAUGCAGCAGGACAAAAAGUACAGAAUUCUGCUGGCCGACGACAAUUUUGACAUGCGGGAGUACCUGGGGCGUCUGCUGAGCGAGAAAUACGAAGUGGUGACCGUGUGCGAUGGUUUGGAGGCUCUGCAUAUGGUGGAGUACAUGGACAUCGACCUCGUGUUGACCGAUGUGAUGAUGCCUCGUCUCGACGGUCUCGGCCUUCUCAAGGAGCUCAGGCUGCGGGACCAGACGAAGACGAUACCGGUGAUCCUGCUGUCGGCGCGCACGGGCGAGGAGUCGCACUUGGAGGGGCUGGCGGCAGGGGCCGACGACUACCUCAUAAAACCCUUCACUGCGCGCGAGCUCCUCGCCCGCGUGUCGGCGCACAUCCACAUGGCCUGCAUUCGCAUGGAGUCCACCCAACGAGAGCAAGAGCUGCGUCUCCAGGUGGGCGAGGCGAAGGAGGGCAUGGAACGCAUUCUGGCGUCGAUUCAAGACGCCUUCAUCGCCUUCGACUCCCACUUCCGCUUCACCUUUGUCAACGACAACGCGGCGCUCCUCUGCGGCGCCGAGAAAGAAGACAUGCUGGGCAAGGACGUGUGGGAGUACAUGGUAGACACGAGCGACGGCAUCGUGCGGCGCAACCUCGAGCGGGCGAUCACCGAGUCGGUCGACACCACGUUCGAGUUCUACCACCCGUCGCGCGACUGCUGGUACGAGGAGCGGAUCUACCCGGGCGCCUACGGCGGCGCGUGCGUGUUCAUCCUCGACACGACGGCGCGCAAGAAGACCGAGGAGCGCCUCUCGCUGCUGGCCAAGGUCAGCUCCGUCCUCUCGGGCUUCAUCGACCACCACAUCCCCUCCCUCAUCGCCUCCAUCCUCAAGCUCGUCGAAGAUUCGGUGGUUGCGGAGUGGUGCAUAUUGGACGUGUUGGAGGAGGCCGGCGGGAGUCUCAAGCGGAUCUUCACCCCCAAAGCCCUGCCUGACAAGUGGGAGGUCGCGCCCAUCCCCGCCGACCCAACCGAUCUGAGCGAGUUCGACUUGACGGUGGACCUCUACAACGGCGAGCGGGUGGGGGCGCGGGCGUCGCUCGCGGACUUCAUCGCGGUACCGCUGGCCGCGCGCGGCCGCAUGUUCGGCAUUUGGCUCUUCGCCCGGUCCUCGGCCUCGCGCCGCAGCUACGUCGACGAGGAGCGCGCGGCGUGCGAGGAGCUGGCCCGGCGGGCGGCGCUGGCCAUCGACAACAUCCGCCUCUACCAGGACGCCGAGAACGCCAAUCAUGCCAAGGACCACUUCCUCGCCGCGCUCUCGCACGAGCUGCGCACCCCGCUCACCCCCGCCCUCCUCCUCUCCGAGACCCUCCAAGCGGACGAAUCGCUGCCGCAGUCGGUGAUGGAGAGCAUCCGCACGAUCCACGAAUCGGUGGAGCUCGAAGUGCAGCUCAUCGACGACCUGCUCGAUCUGACCAAGGUCGCCCGCGGCAAGCUGCAGCUGCACCGGCAGUACGUCGAGGCCCACGAGCUGGUCGACCGCACCCUGCGGAUCGUGGACCACGAGCUCCUCAAGAAGAAGCUCCUCCUGCGCGUCCACCUCAACGCCCAGCACCACCUCCUCCACGUCGACCCCGCCCGCAUGCAGCAGGUCUUCUGGAACAUCAUCAAGAAUGCGAUCAAGUUCACCCCCUUGGGCGGCUCGAUCACGGUGAGCACCUCCAAUCUCGAGGCGCUCGACGACGGCGACGGCAACUUCACAUUCCUCACCGACAGCCCGCAGCAGCACGGCGGUGGUGAAGCGUCGACCCUGUCUUCGUCGGCGUCGGCGCCCGCGUCGACGUCAUCGGCCACCCCCCGGCGUGGACCCGACGUCGUGCCCAAGCUGGCCAUCAGCGCCGAUGGCCAGGCCCUGCUGCCCCUCAAGGUGCCGCGCAGUCUGAGCGGCAGCGCGAGCUCCAGCGCGACGAGCACCCCGCGGUCGCCCUGCGCGCGGCGCGUGCGGGCCAUGCUACGAAUCGAAGUGUGCGACUCGGGCAUCGGCAUCGAGAGCCACAUCCUGCCGCACCUCUUCCACGCCUUCGAGCAGGGCGACGCCUCCAUCACCGUCCGCUUCGGCGGCCUCGGUAUGGGCCUCGCCAUCUCUAGUUCGCUGGUGAAGCUGCACCACGGGUCGCUGUCGGCCACCAGCGAGGGCAAGGACAAGGGCGCCUGCUUCACCAUCUGCCUCCCCACCGUGUAUUCGCGUGGGUUGGAGGAGACGGAGUUCACAGCCGACGUCGGCGCCGAUCUGGCGUCGCUGGUGGCCUUUUCCGCGCAACGGCUGACCGAGCGGGGCGGCGGCGACGACGAGCUCAGCUUCUCGGCCUCGUCUUCGCUGUCGACAUCGCCCACGUCAGCCUCGGCGUCGCCCUCGCACUCGGGCGCGCGAUCGCCCCGCUCCCCGCGUGGUACGCCGCUGUCGCUGUCGUCGUCGACAACAAUGCCAAGCAGCCUGGCGGCUGCACCUGAUGCCGGCGCGUCGUCAUCGGCGUCGACGUCGACGUCGACGUCGGCAUUGGUCGGCGCCAACCCAUUGCGACAACGGCGGCCGCCGAUCUCCGCUUUGCGCCCGAUCAAGACAACGUCGCAGCCGGCGCUGUCGACCUCGUCGGCCGGCUUGCUAUCGUCGUCGUCAUCAUCGACAUCGUCCUCGUCCUCGUCCACCACCACGAGGCAGCUGCGCAUCCUACUCGUGGAGGACAACAAGUCGACGCUCCUCAUCAUGUCGCGCCUCCUUCAACAGCGACUCGGCUACCACGUCACCGUCGCCUCCACCGUCGCCGAAGCGCUCGAUGCGGCGGAGAAGAAGGAGGGCAUGUUUGAUCUGGUGCUGAGUGACAUCGGUCUGCCCGACGGCACCGGUCUCCAGCUCAUGAAGGCCCUCAAACAGCGGUGGGGCCUCAAGGGCAUCGCGCUGUCGGGUUACGGGAUGAUGGAGGACGUGCAGCGGAGCAAGGACGCCGGCUUCGAGACGCACUUGACCAAGCCCAUCAACUUCGCCGUCCUCACGGCCACCAUCCAGAAGGUCCUGCCCGGCGGCACGGCCCCGUAG